UAAUUUCAUAGCAGUAACUAUUAGAAGGGUAUUUUUUUUAUUUGACUUAGAACCCUUCCGAAAAUAAGCCAGCCCACCCUCGCAGACAAUGGACGCCAUUUUGGGAACAUGGAAGGCUGACAAGUCCACCUUUGAGAAUGCAAAAGCUUUCUUAGACGCAGCAAGUGUUCCCGAGGAACAUCGCAAAGACCUGUCUGAGCGAGAGAUGGAGAUAACGUACAGUAAGGAAGGGGAGCAACUCAAAUGUGUCGUCAAGGUCACUAACUCCCCUGUGGCCAAAGAGAAAACCUACACGAUUGAUAUAGGGCAGGAGAAGGACAUCGAGAGCGUUGAGGGCAUCAAAAUGAAGGCCAAAGUCGACUGGGACGGAUCCAAGUUUGUUGAAAAUUAUACGACUGCGGAGGGUGCCGAGUUUGCUACGACCCGAGAGAUCACAGGAGACACUAUGAAAGUGACCUCAACUACGAAAGGUGUGACCAUGUCACAGAUCUGGAGAAAGUCAUAACGUAGAAAUCUACACAGAGGACCCUACAGCUGUAGAACCUUAUUAUUAACGAAGAUACUUUUUCUUCCUUCCAAAUAACCAUGUUUGGGAGGUAGUUUAACUUCAGUAACAUCAAUAAUAAAAUUACGUUACCUAUUUUUAA